UUGAAAUUUUCUUCAGAAAAGAAACCAAAAAGACAAUGCCCAAGGAUUACAAUGGAUCACCAAAGCAUUAUAAUCAGUUUGAGGCAAAGAGAAAUCGUCUCACUUGGAUUUUUGGGGUUAGUGGGCUAUGCAUUUUGUCAUACAUCAUGGGUGCAUGGAAGAACACUCCAACACCCUAUAACCAAUCAUCAGAUGUCUACACAAAAGUAGAUUGCAAUACUGGGUCAACUCCAUCAGGAUCUUUAUCAAUUCCAUCAUCAACUUCAAAUUUAGAUUUUGAAAGUCACCAUUACAUUGAGAUCAAUAGUUCUGGAGGGGUGCAAGAGUUCCCACCAUGUGACAUGAAAUACAGUGAAUAUACUCCAUGCCAAGAUCCAAAUAGAGGUAGGAAAUUUGACAGGAACAUGUUGAAAUAUAGAGAGAGGCAUUGCCCUACCAAAGAAGAACUCUUGUACUGUCUUAUACCUGCUCCACCAAAAUAUAAGACACCAUUGAAAUGGCCUCAAAGUAGGGAUUAUGCUUGGUAUGAUAAUAUUCCACAUAAAGAGCUUAGCAUUGAGAAAGCUAUUCAGAAUUGGAUUCAAGUUGAGGGUGAUAGGUUCAGAUUUCCUGGUGGAGGUACAAUGUUUCCACGUGGAGCUGAUGCAUACAUUGAUGACAUUAAUGAGCUUAUUCCCCUGAGGAGUGGUCAUAUCAGAACUGCAAUUGAUACAGGAUGUGGGGUAGCAAGUUGGGGUGCUUACCUUUUAAAAAGGGACAUCAUAGCAAUGUCUUUUGCACCAAGAGAUACACAUGAAGCACAAGUCCAGUUUGCAUUGGAGAGAGGAGUUCCUGCCAUGAUUGGCAUCAUGGCUUCUCAGAGGAUGCCAUACCCAGCAAGGGCAUUUGAUAUGGCUCAUUGUUCUCGCUGCCUGAUACCUUGGCACAAAAAUGAUGGUAUGUAUUUGAUUGAAGUGGAUAGAGUCCUCAGACCAGGUGGCUAUUGGAUUCUUUCUGGCCCACCUAUUCGAUGGAAGAAAUACUGGAGAGGAUGGGAAAGAACGCAAGAGGAUUUGAAGCAAGAACAAGAUUCAAUUGAGGAAGUAGCCAAGCGCAUAUGUUGGAAGAAAGUUAUUGAGAAGGAUGACCUCUCCAUUUGGCAAAAGCCUAAAAACCACGUUGAAUGUAUCCAAAACAGACAAGUUUACAAAACACCACACAUAUGCCAAUCCGACAAUCCUGACAUGGCUUGGUACAAAGAUAUGGAAAAGUGCAUAACUCCAUUACCAGAAGUUAGAAGCUCAGACAAAGUUGCUGGAGGGGAACUAGAAAAAUGGCCGGACCGUGCAUUCGCCACCCCUCCUCGAAUUAGCAGCGGUUCGAUACCGAGCAUUACUGUAGAGAAAUUUCAAAAGGAUAAUGAACUAUGGAAGGAAAGGAUAGCACAUUACAAGCGUCUCAUUCCUCUCUCUCAAGGAAGAUACCGAAACAUUAUGGACAUGAAUGCUUAUCUUGGUGGAUUUGCAGCAGCCUUAUCAAAAUACCCUGUGUGGGUUAUGAAUGUUGUUCCACCAAAUCUGGACCAUGACACUCUAGGUGUAAUUUAUGAACGAGGUUUUAUUGGGACUUACCAUGAUUGGUGUGAAGCCUUCUCAACUUACCCAAGAACAUAUGAUCUCAUUCAUGCUACUAGUGUAAUGGGCAUAUAUCAGGAUAGGUGCAACAUUACUGUUAUACUACUAGAGAUGGACAGAAUUCUGAGGCCAGAAGGUACUGUUAUAUUCAGAGAUGCAGUAGAGCUUCUGGUGAAGAUUAAGGCCAUUACUGAUGGAAUGAAAUGGAGAAGCAACAUCAUGGAUCAUGAGAGUGGACCCUUUAACCCAGAAAAGAUUCUUGUUGCAGAAAAAACUUACUGGACUGGUGAAGCUACACAGAACCAGAGCUAAUGAUAGAUAGGAAUUUAUUAUUGCAACUUUGUUCUUCUACUUAACCAUUUUUGUUUUCCCUCUUAGAAUUUAGAAAUUUAACUAGAUGUUUGUUUUACUGAACUUAGAUUUCUUCUUUGUCAUAUUCUACUUACUUUUUUUUUUGUUACAAA